AUGGCUAGUACGGAUAAUAAUACAGUCAGUUUACUGUGGACUCGACUAAUGAAUACGGAGCUCCAGAAUAUCUCCGGCAAUCACAGACACAUGUGGAAUAAUUUGCUCUCCAAGAGCCCUCCAGUGGAAAUAGAUAGUCCUCAAAUCACCCAGGUGAUCAGUGUUGCUUGCUCGUCCAGUAAGGCAGCGGCCUUUUAUCACGCAGUGCUCCAGUACAUUGAAAGGCAUGCGACAGACGGGAUUCGGCGACUGCCAAUGUUUGUGGAAGAUUUAGCUAGUGGUGAUGUGAUUGUUAAAAGUGUACAAACGGCUUCAAGCUACCGAGAAAAGGGAAAUACAUUUUUCAAAGCCCGGGACUGGGAAGCUGCUGCUCACAGUUAUAGAAAUGGACUUCUCUACGCGCCGGACGCUUCCUACCCCCUGUGCGGUGACUCAAAGUUAGGUCAAGAAGCUGCAUUGUUGCAUGGGAAUCUGUCUGCCUCGUUGUUUCAUCAACAGAUUUGGGAUGGCUGUCUGUGGGAAUCGCUGAUCGCUCUUGCCCUGCAUUUCAGUCUACCACUUCAACAGGGUCACACGCAAACGGAGGUUAAAGCUAUUCCCCGUCUUUGGACGCGAGUAAAAAGAAGUGUGGCGGAGCUGAAUUGUCCCAAACUACUCAAGCUCACCAAUUUUGCCCACCCGACUGCCAUUGUGGUCGAUCAGUUGCUUCUGGUCGUAAUACAACAGUCCAAAAUGAAAAACCAUCCGAGUUCUUGUGUAGCAUCUGAUAUACCAAACUUACCAGUCCCGCGUUACGGCUAUCAGACUCAUUAUUCAGGUCUGUCUUCCGGUCUGACUGUGAAGAGCUCAAGUGGAAAAGGCCGACACGUGAUAUCUACUCAGUCGUUUGUUCCGGGUGAUGUGCUGGCUGUGGAACCAUCCUCAGGUUGGUCAGUGACACCAACUGAGAUCCGUGGAUCGCCUCAAAAACCAAAUAACUUAGGUUCGAACAGAAACCUCUUAUGUAUUACUGACAAACACAACCGACCUGUGGGUCACUCUUGUCUGUUACUGCCGGCACAACGAAUGAACCGAUGCGCGGACUGUUUGGCCCCGUUGCAUAGUAUCGGUUUUAUCUGUCCGGGCUGUUGCGACGUAGCCUACUGUGCGCCGCCAUCCGAGUGCUUCACCCGGCAUUGUCUCCGUUACUCUUCGGUUCCAUGGUGUUUUGAACAACCCGUCUGGCACAGUGCGGAAUGCCGGUAA